AUGGAACAAAGGAGAGGAGCUUCUUGCCGAAGGGUACAUGUAAGACUUGCCUUCAUGGCUGUAGCGUUGUUGUUUGGAAAAGCGGUAUGGGCACAGAUACGGUAUUCUGUUACUGAAGGGCAGAAGGAUGGCACCGUGAUUGGAAAUAUUGCAAAGGAUUUAGGACUUGAUGCUGGAAGCUUACGAGAGAGAGGAUUCCGCAUAGUGACAUCGUCAGGAGAGUCACUGUUUAAGGUAAAUCAGAAUGACGGAGUCUUGUAUAUCAGUGGAAACUUAGACAGAGAGACGCUGUGCGAGAAAAUCACAUUGUGCACGAUCAGUCUCAAAAUUGCUAUGGAAAAUCCACUGGAAAUUCAUUAUGUGAUUGUUGAGAUUAUAGAUGUAAAUGAUCACGCUCCUGGAUUUACUGAAAAAGAAACGCUCUUAGAGAUAUGGGAGUCAGCAUUACCUGGAACGCGUUUUCAGCUUCAACCAGCCAACGACCCUGACAGCGGAUCAAAUUCUAUUCAAAUGUAUAAACUCAGCCAAAAUGAUCAUUUCCGACUCGAAGUCAAAGAUCGUGGAGAAGGAGGAAAAAUUCCAUUUUUGGUCAUACAGAAACCGAUAGACAGAGAAGUAAUGCAAUACAUGAAAAUGUUAUUAACUGCUGUCGACGGUGGAAGACCACCCAAAUCGGGAACAAUGGACAUAGCUGUUCGUGUAUUGGAUGUAAAUGAUAACAUGCCGGUUUUUACCAAAGAGGUAUAUUUCGCCCAGCUGCAUGAAAACGCACCACUAGGUACCACUGUCAUACGAGUGAAUGCCACAGAUUUAGAUGAUGGCCCAAAUGGAGACGUUGUUUAUGCGUUUUCUAACAGUGUUCAUAGCAAAUUGCGCAAGGUGUUUGAUAUAGAUUCGAUCACCGGGGAAAUAGUUGUGAAAGCACACAUUGAUUUUGAAGCAACAAGUGCAUAUGAAAUUGAUAUAACAGCAUCAGACAAAGGUACUGUACCACUGAGAACAGAUAAAAGUGUGAUUAUAAAAGUUGUCGAUGUCAAUGACAAUGCGCCGGAAAUAGAGUUGACAUCACUUUCAAGCUCUGUUUCAGAAGACUCCAGACCUGGCACUACAGUUGCUUUGAUAAGCGUGACUGAUUUAGACUCUGGAAUUAACGGGAAAGUUUUCUGUUCAGUUCCCGAAAAUAUACCAUUUAAAUUAAUACCAUCUUCACAGGAUAAUGUUUAUUCAUUAGUUACUACAUCGUCAAUUGACAGAGAAAAGCAGUACGAAUAUGAUAUCGCAUUAGUUGCCAAAGAUGCAGGAGAACCGUCUUUAUCAUCAGUAAAACAUUUGACCAUCUUGGUAUCAGAUAUAAACGAUAAUAGUCCGGAGUUUUCUCUCUCCUCUUAUACAUUUUAUCUUACGGAAAAUAAUAUUCCGGGCAUUUCGCUGUUUUGUGUUUCAGCUUCUGAUAGAGACACAAAUGAAAACGCUAUAGUCCUUUAUGAAAUAAUGAGAGAAAGUGGCGAUGAUAAUAAACUAAUGUUUGUAAACAUAAAUCCCGAAAAUGGGUGUGUUUACGCGUUGAAAUCAUUCGACUUUGAAAUAGUAAAAACGUUCCAGUUUCACGUGCUCGCUACAGAUUCAGGAACUCCGUCACUAAACAGCACGGUAACAGUGAAUGUGUUUAUUCUGGAUCAGAACGAUAACUUCCCAGUGAUCUUGUAUCCAGUCAGCGCUAACGGUUCUGCUGAAGGUGUGGAGGAGAUUCCCCGCAAUGUCAAUGCAGGACAUUUGGUGACUAAAGUGAGAGCCUAUGACGCGGAUAUUGGAUACAACGGCUGGUUAUUAUUUUCAAUGCAGGAAGUGAGUGACCACAGUCUAUUUGGUUUGGACCGCUAUACAGGACAGAUAAGGACACUUCGCCCUUUCACAGAAACAGAUGAGGCUGAACAUAAACUGGUUAUACUGGUCAAAGACAACGGAAACGUUUCACUUUCAGCAACAGCGACACUGAUUAUUAAACUUGUUGAACCCAAAGAGGCUAUUGCUGCGUCCGAUGUCAAAAACACAGUAAAAGAAGAAAAAGAAAAUGAUGUUACAUUUUAUUUGAUCAUUACCUUGGGAUCGGUUUCAUUUCUAUUUAUUAUCAGUAUUAUCGUUCUGAUUGUAAUGCAAUCCUCCAAAUCUACAGAAUAUUCCUCCAAGUAUUUACAAGACACAAAUUACGACGGAACACUGUGUCACAGCAUCCAGUACAGAUCUGGAGAUAAACGGUACAUGUUAGUUGGACCAAGAACGAGUAUUGGGUCUACUAUAGUUCCAGGCAGUAAUGCGAAUACACUUGUGAUACAAGAUCGCAGGAAGAGAGCGUCUGGUGAGGUAAGAUGUAAUAAAGUAUAA